UGCCAGAUUUACAUACUGUAAGCUGGAUUUGCGAAUUCGCCCCGCUGAACAACUAGUCUGAAAUCCUCAAGAGCGAAGAACAAGACUUCGUUGCAAGGGGUUGAGAGGAGUGCCCGACGGCACAGUGGAUCAACCCUCGUGGAACUGACCUGUGUACUAAGUCUCUCAAGAUGGCUACCACAGUGGACAAGAUCAAGGAGAUCGAGGCCGAGAUGGCCCGAACUCAAAAGAACAAGGCGACUUCGUUUCAUCUCGGCCAGCUGAAGGCCAAGCUGGCCAAACUAAAGCGAGAGCUCCUGUCCCCCUCGUCUGGCGGAGGUGGCGGGGGCCCUGGCUUCGACGUGGCCAGAACCGGCGUUGCCAGCAUCGGCUUCAUCGGAUUCCCAUCGGUAGGGAAGAGUACUCUGAUGAGCAGAUUGACUGGCCAGCACUCGGAAGCCGCCGCAUACGAGUUUACCACGUUGACUUCGGUACCUGGACAGGUCAUGUACAACGGGGCGCCGUUGCAAAUGAUUGAUCUUCCGGGUAUCAUCGAGGGGGCCAAGGACGGGAGAGGCCGUGGUCGCCAAGUCAUCGCUGUCGCUAAGACGUGUCAUUUGAUCUUCAUCGUGUUGGACGUAAACAAACCCUUGACGGACAAACGAGUCAUUGAAACCGAACUCGAGGGAUUCGGGAUCCGUAUCAACAAAGAACCGCCCAAUAUCACCUUCAAGAAGAAGGACAAGGGUGGACUUAACAUCACCAGUACCGUGCCGCUAACCCACAUCGACCACGAUGAGAUCAAAGCUGUCAUGGCCGAAUACCGUAUCAACUCGGCAGACAUUGCCAUCCGCUGCGACGCAACGGUUGACGAUCUGAUCGACAUCCUGGAAGCCAAGAGCCGCAGCUACAUCCCCGUCAUCUACGUCCUCAAUAAGAUCGACGCAAUCAGCAUCGAGGAACUGGACCUGCUGUACCGAAUACCCAACGCCGUGCCCAUCAGCUCUGAACACGGAUGGAACGUUGACGAGUUGAUGGAGGUCAUGUGGGAUAAGUUAAAAUUGGUCCGGGUUUACACGAAGCCGAAAGGGAAGAUGCCGGACUACUCAUCGCCUGUGGUGCUGCGUUCCACUAGGUGCACAGUCGAGGACUUUUGCAACGCAAUCCACCGAAGCAUCGUCGAGCAAUUCAAGACGGCCAUCGUGUACGGCAAGUCCGUGAAGCACCAACCUCAACGCGUGGGGCUCGCCCACGAGCUGGCGGACGAGGAUAUAGUAACGAUUGUUAAGAGAUGAGUAAAUACAGAACGGGACUCCAAAAGGGGGGGUGUGGUGGUGGUGGUUAGGACCCUUGAUGCGCCUUUUAACACAUGCACGGCCAGAAGGGGUGAUCGAGUUCCAACCAGUCUCGGCUGGCUCGCGGGCGCGCCCCCGCGGCCGCAAAAGGGCCGCAGGUUCUACCUAGAUAGCACAAUGGACAGACGGAUACGUCUAGCGAGCAUCUCCCAACUCACGACGCCGUUGGGCAGCUUCGAGAGCAGGGGGAUGCGGCUAUCUGCAGAUUCACGGAUCAAGG